AUUUAUAUCGUGUGAAAAAUCUGAAUUGCAAAUCACGGGAGAAUAGAAAAAUCCAAUCGCCUAGUCGCGCGUUUCUCAAGAAAUUCGGUCUGUCUGUGUUCACGGUUCCCGAUGUGGCUUCUGCCACGCCAAUCAUCAAUACAACAUCAUAACCUUUUUUUGACUUAAACGAGCCAACAAUUGUUAAUAAACGAUGCUGCCGCUCGCAUCGUGCACAAUCAUUGUCGGUUCAAGCCUCGGUCGAGUGAAAACCACGUGGACGAUGACGAUCUUUUUGCGUCAAACUUCUUGAUUACGUCAAUUUGCAUUUGUCAUUGCUAACCUCAUCUCUAGCUUUGUUAUCGCAAAUAUUAGUUUUAUGCGCUUGUUAAGCAUGUAACUCGUUAAAAAAAUUCGCGAUUUGAAUUAUGCUCUCUUGAGGAAAGCACAGAGAUAACACACAUAUCACGACAAUGAUGCUUAUGAAUUGUUAUUUUUACAAUGGACGUAAGUACUGGCGACAACAAUGGUAUGCUCUUCCACCUGGGAGAGUUGUUUGAUAGUUAUGAGGAACUGGAGCAAAAGUUGGACAGAGUCUCGAAGCACAAUUUAGUGCAUUAUUGGAGAAGAGAUAGUAGAACUGUCAAUGGAGCUCAUAUGAAAACUGCACGACCGAUUAGCGAGCGAUUAAAAUAUUAUUCCGUUAAAUAUGCGUGCAUCUAUGGUGGCCAGAAGUUCUCUCCACGUGGUGAUGGAAAAAGACAAUCUCAGUCCAUACGAACGGAUUGUCCAGCUCAUGUUAUGCUCAGAGCAUCAAAAGAUGGUACAAAGUUAGAAGUAACUAGUGUUAAUAAUGAACACAAUCAUGAAAUCUCUGAGGAAUUAUUUAAAAAUCUUCCACAAGAGAGAAAGCUUUGUGGUGAAAUUAAACAAGAUGUUCAAGAUCUUAUGCAAUUACAUAUUGAUCGUAAGAGAUUAAAAGAAUAUGUGCGAUUGCGUACGAACAAGGUGUUAAGAUCAAAAGAUCUGUUUAACAUAGCAGCUGCUAAUAAACAAAAGAGAAACAUCACACCGGAACGAGCAUGUCAGUUGUUAGAAAAAAUUCAUGAUAUGGAAAAGAUGCAAGGCAGGAAUAAUAAAAAGAGUUAUCCUGGAAAUGAGGAUAAGAUAAUAAUAAGUAUAAAGAGGAUGAAAAAAGAGCAGGAAUCUGCUUGGGGUCAAGAUGGAUUAUCAACGGAGUUAGAAGUAAGUGAGGGAAACGACGGUGAAGAUUCUUACAGCGGUCAAUUGACGCAGGAGGAAGUGGUCGAUGAGAUUGAUACAAAUGAGGGCGAAUUAUUAAGAGCAAAUGAUGAAAGCGAUAUAAUAGCAGCCGAUGGAGAAAUAGUAGGCGAGUUAGUGAUGGAAAACGGCGAUCCAUCAGUAAUAGUUGAGUCUAUCGUUAAUGCGGAUGGUGAUGUGUUCAUCGAUGAGAGAGAAUUCAAUAGCUACUGCAGCAAUCACUUAUCGCAUGCAGUAGACGAUAGCCAAUCGCCAAAGUCGCGUGUUUUAGAUAUCAGAACUAUUGCUCCCACCACUACUAUCGAGAAGAUCACGAAAGGAAAGUCUACUUCGCCUAAUCAUAAACCGCAAACUAACUCUUUGGAAUUGCAAGAGUCGCCGGCAACUUCAUCUGGAAGCUUUCACGAAGCAGAUUCGAGAAUUUGGAUUAUGAAAGAGAAUACUUCCAUGGACACAGAAGUGGAGAGUGGGCCGGAGAGUGAGACAAACGCAACGAGCAAGCCGAUCUCUGUGAUGAAGUCAAACAUGGAGAAUACAGACAUAGUAUUUUCAGACGAUGCGAGUCAGCAGUUGCUUCAAGAGCAGCUAGCUGUAUUGCGUGCCGAGAGGGGAAAGCUGUAUCACGAAACUGAAAUGCUAAAAUUGAAGAAAGACAAGCUGAAGCUGCAAAUAAAUUGUUGCUCGAAUGAGAUAAGAAAACAGGAGAUGGAGAAAGAGAAGCUGAGGCUCGAGAUCAAGCUGCUUCAGUCCAAAGUCGUGGAAGAUACUAACGAUGUAUCCCACUUCAUUUUUGUGCCUUGAAUCCUUCGACUUGGUUAUAGAACAAUUCUAAAUAUUUUAUAUUGCUUAAAAAGAUACAUUUGCUUGUGGAUGUAGAUCACACUUUACCGCGCGCGCGCGCGAGAUACAUCCCAUGUGUAUCUACAUGUGUGUAUGGAUCAUUUAUAAUACAUUUAGAUAUAUAUUCAGUUACAAUUAGUAAAAUCAUCGGGAAUCGAUUUGUCGCAAUAAGUCAAUUGCGUUACUAAUUCUAAGGAAAAAUAUGUUUUCUCAUUUAUGUCAAAUGUGAUAAUACGUAUAAUAUUUAUACGUAUAAUAAAUAAAAAUGCAAGUUUUGUAUAAUAACUUAUGCUCUAAUUGAAACUUUUCAGUUUAAUUUGUCUGAUAACUUGUAAAUAAAUGACGUAUU